AUGGUGGCGGACGAAAGCCGGGCCUGGCCCGUGGGCGGUGGGGCUGGCUCCGUGGGGCCCCCGGCGGCCGCCCACCGCCUGACAGAGCUGAGGGAGGGUGCCUGGGAAAGGGGGGCGGGGGUCGUUGGAGCUGUGCGGGCGGGCUGGGGAGAGGAGGGCGUUUGGAAGCUGCGGAAGGGGUUACCUGGGACACCCCGCUGGCCCCAGGGCCGGGUCGCUUCCCCUCAGGGCCUUCAGAGUGGAGGGGAUCCCCGGAAAGCAGCGUUUACAGGGCCUCCGUUGCCGGGAGACCUGGAAAGGAGCAAAGCACAAAUAAAUAAUAACUACGCGAGCGGGAGGCUGAAGGGGUUAUCGAGACUGGCGUUUGCUAGAAAGCUCCAAUUAGAGCUAAUCACACCCUUUCAGCUGUAUUUCAACCCUGAAUUAAUAUUUAAACACUUUCAAGUAUGGAGGUUAAUCACAAACUACUUAUUCUUUGGACCAGUUGGCUUUAAUUUUUUAUUUAAUAUGAUCUUUUUAUAUCGUUACUGCCGAAUGCUUGAAGAAGGCUCUUUUCGAGGUCGGACGGCAGAUUUUGUAUUUAUGUUCCUUUUUGGAGGACUUUUAAUGACUGUUUUUGGCCUGUUUGUGAACUUGGUUUUCUUGGGUCAGGCAUUCACAAUAAUGCUCGUGUAUGUAUGGAGCCGCAGGAAUCCCUAUGUCCGUAUGAACUUUUUUGGUCUUCUCAUCUUUCAAGCCCCAUUUCUACCCUGGGUAUUGAUGGGCUUUUCACUACUUUUGGGGAACUCCAUCAUUGUGGAUCUGCUGGGCAUUGCUGUCGGGCAUAUAUAUUUUUUCUUAGAGGAUGUCUUUCCCAAUCAGCCCGGUGGCAGAAGGCUUCUGAGAACACCAUCUGUCCUGAAAGCAAUAUUUGAUACACCAGAAGAUGAUCCUAAUUACAAUCCCUUGCCAGAAGAACGACCGGGAGGAUUUGCAUGGGGAGAAGGUCAGCGCCUUGGAGGCUAAUAAGUGUCUGUGCCAAAACCCAGCGACAACUGGGAGAGACUGACCUGAAAAAAGUUCUGUACUGGGGACUCUCUCAUUCUCCAUCGCAGAAAAGACACUUUUAGAUGGCUCUAUAGUUUUGAAUACAAGCACUUUAUGAAAUGGCAGUCUAAUCCAAGACACUUCCAGCCUACCAGUGUCUUUCCCAGUCAGGGAAUUUAUUGUGCUGGUAAUGAAAAUACUAAUCCAGUGGAGCCAAAAAACUGAAACUGGAAACGAUUUCCUGUCAACUUCAGUUAACAAGACCAUGAGUACUUGUUUAAAGUGAUUUCUAAAGCAUUUUUUCAAGUUAUUUGAUACGGGAAACUUUACAGGGGACAAAAACAACUUUUGGGGGUUUAAUUCAUUUUUCUAUUCUUGGAUAAAACAGCUACAAGACGGCUGAAAGCGUAAGUCCCUAUUUCCAUGGCAAAGUUUGUUUUAAAUCUGAGAUGCUAUCAUCUCCAGCCUUGUUUGAAUUG